CUGCAUCUCCAUUCCCAUCUCCAUUCAGACUUCUGUUGCUUCAACCCAACCCUUACCUCAUCCCGAGCAUUCUCCCUUCAAGUCCGACCUCCUUUUCUCGGGUUUGCACCGCGAUUGUAUACCCUACAAAGUCGAUCGCAUCUACGGACCUGUGAUUGGUGGCGGACCAAGACCUCGAAACUCCGGGCAUAUGCCAACUGAGUAGCCCGAUCUUGCCUUGAUACAAGUCCUCCUUUCCAUACAAGAGACCUCCGCACAACAAAGAUAAGCCAUACGCCUAUCUCAGCUUGACCCUGCCUCUGCAGCAGUCCGAUUCAUCUCCCAGAACAACAUUUCUAGCUUCCGCCGAAGACAUGAGCGGCGACAAACCCCAUCUCAACGGCACCGAUCCCACCCGGAAUGGCAUCAACGGUUCGGACGACGUCGAAAUGAAGGAGGAUUCUAAAAAUUCCAAGAAGACGCCAAAGCAAGCGAAGGAAAAGGAUGGCGAUGACGAGAUGACAGUUGUCGUUCCACCCGCAAAGGGCUCCAACACUCCAAGUGCACCUCAGAAAGCUACUGACGUAGAUCUUACAAAUGGGGCAAUAGAUGAGGAGGACAAAAAGGAAGGCGAAGAGGAAGUUGAUCCUCAAGAAAAGGCAAUCGAGGAAAUCAAAGCCAAUCUUCCGUUACUGGAACGCGCUGUCAGCCAGUUUGAUCCUCGAUUCAGCCUGAGAGUCCUCCGUUCCAUACCUUCGAUCCGAAAACACCUGUCCGCUUAUGUGAUAGCCUCUGUUGUUACCAGCACUUACGCAACACCAACUGCGACGGCAAUGUCACUCCUCAGCGCCGUUAAGGAUGACCCGUCCUUUCCAACCCAACAAGUUGAGGAAUGGCAUGGGAAGAGGGAUUCAGUACACCAAAAGAACUCACACAAAGAGGUCCUCCCCGAGAUAGACGUCUACCUGUCGAUCUUGGUACAAGUCCACCUCUACGAUAAGAAAUCAGUCAACGCAGGCGCCCAAUUUUCAAGCGCACUGGUUGAACAUCUUCGGACGUUGAACCGUCGAACAUUGGAUUCGCUGUCGGCUCGGGUGUACUUUUACUAUGCGCUAUUCUUUGAAGAAAUGGCGCCCUUGCCCCCUUCGCCUGCCGCUGCGUUGAUCUCGAUCCGGAAGCCUCUCCUUGAUGCUCUACGAACUGCAACACUGAGAAAGGAUCAGGAUAUACAAGCUGCGGUCACGACUUUGCUUCUGCGGAAUUAUCUUUCUACCUCUCACGUCACUCAAGCAGACCUAUUGAUAUCCCACACCAAAUUACCUCCCACUGCUGCCAACAAUCAGAUUGCCAGAUAUUUGUACUACCUUGGGCGUAUCCGAGCAAUCCAACUUUCGUACACUGAAGCUCACGAGCACCUGACAGGAGCGACGCGGAAGUCACCAACGUCCUACAAAGCCAGUGGGUUUUAUCAAGCAUCGACCAAAAUGCUUAUUGUGGUUGAACUAUUGAUGGGAGACAUUCCGGACCGUGCAAUCUUCCGCCAGCCCAGUUUAGAGAAAGCAUUGCAGCCAUACCUUCAACUCGUGCAAGCCGUCAGCUCUGGAGAUGUGAUCGGUUUCCAGACCUUGGUUCAGCGGUACAACGCCACCUUUAGAAAAGAUGAUACGUACACCCUGAUUUUGAGACUGCGGCAGAAUGUGAUCAAGACCGGCAUUCGCAUGAUGUCUCUGUCGUAUGCGAGAAUCUCUUUGCGCGAUAUGUGCUUACGACUUGGACUAGACAGUGAAGAGUCUGCAGAGUACAUUGUGGCAAAGGCAAUUCGCGAUGGGGUCAUUGAGGCCAGCCUGGAUCAUGAGCGUGGGUACAUGAAGAGCAAGGAAGUGGGAGAUAUAUACGCUACCAGAGAGCCGGGCGACGCUUUCCAUGAGCGUAUCCAAGCUUGCUUAGCUUUGCACGAUGAGAGCGUCAAGGCUAUGCGUUUUCCCAUGAACCAACACAGAUUAGAGCUCAAGAAUGCCCAAGAGGCACGUGAACGCGAGCGUGAGCUUGCAAAGGAGAUCGUGGAGGGAGAAAUGGACGAUGACGAUGCCCCAGGCGGUGAUUUCGACGGGAUUUGAGCUGAAGGAAGCAUCUUGUGUUACCUACAAAGGGAUGUUUGGGCAAGCAGCGAAUGGCCGACCUUGACAGAACAGGACGUAGGGACGGGAUUGAUCCUCUUACAAGUCCAAUGAGCAUACAUUCGGGAAAAACAAGGACUGUGGACCUGGAGUUGGGUCAGCCAGGUUUCGAUGGGUCUCAGGGCCUUGCUGAACUCUAGAGCGUCGUGUUCAGUGAUGGCAGCUAUUUCCAUAGCUUGGCCACACAUGUAAUAGUUUCCUGAAAUACCUUUGUUCAGUCGCCUGGAUUUCAAAGAGCUGCGCCCACGCCCACGAGCAUCUUGCUUUUAAUUCGGCAAAUU